GUGUAACAGAGAAACCGGAGCGCUGGAUUUGAGUAGCAGUCGCGCUUAUCCUAGUAACUAUGUGAGGAUCCGUCAUUGCAAUCUGCAGGGAUGAGAUGUUGUCUGGAUGGCUGAUGGACAGAAACGCCGACCAGUUCCAAGAUGCUGGCUCGUAACCGCUUCCUCUUCCUGGUGGUGGUGGGUGGGGCAGUGCUGGCUGUCCUCAGUUUCAGCCUCCAGUUCUUGAACCUGAUUCCCACCUCUCCCAUGCUGGAUGAGCAAGCAGUCCAGGCUGCAGAUGGAGGUUUCAGAGGUUUCCAGGCGAAAAGCAGAAAGCGAAUCUUUCCUGUGCAUCACAGCCAAGAGCCUGAUCCUGUCUUUGAGGCCUACAGCUACUGCAACACCCCAAACCGCACCGAACAAGCCUGGGAAGGUCACAGCCCCGCGGACUACAAGCUGCUAUCUGUUCAUGUGAUGAUUCGCCAUGGAGACCGCUACCCUCUCUACUCCAUCCCAAAGACCAGACGCCCCAGCAUCGACUGCACCCUGUCUGCCAACAGGCAGCCUUCCCACCCUCUGCUAGACUCCUUCAUUAAUCACAUGGGCCAGGGGACCCGUGGCCACUGGGAGGCACAGCUGGGCUCCAUUUCACGUCUCCCCAACCACAGCGUCUGUGAGAUGGGAGAACUCACGCAGACAGGUGUCAUUCAGCACCUUCGCAAUGGGCAACUCCUCCAACGUGCCUACAAGCACCACAGUCUGCUCCCCUCUGAUUGGUCGCCUCGCCAGGUUUGGAUGGAGACCACAGGGAAAAGCCGGACCCUCCAAAGCGGAAUGGCCUUUCUCUACGGCUUCCUCCCGGAUUUUGACUGGACUAAGGUGACCGUGCGUCAUCAGUGGAGCACAUUGUUCUGCGGCUCGGCAUGCGAGUGCCCUGCCAGGAGCAAGUACCUGGAGGAAGAGCAGAGGAGGCAGUAUCGCCUCAGAGUGGCUGAUUCCAACCUGGAGAGGACUUAUAUUGACAUGGCACGCACUUUAGGUGUGCUCACUCGCCAGCUCCGAGCUGCAAACCCUAUAGACUCGCUGCUUUGCCACCUGUGUCACGGCCUUCCUUUCCCAUGCGUUUCCGGUGGAGAUGGUGGUAGUGGCGGAUGCCUGACUAUGACACAGUUUGCGGUAAUUCGGCAACAGCAGCUAGAUGAUGAGGUAGAUCGGAGAAGAUUUGGGGCCUAUCGUAAAUACGCCAUCCUGGCCAUGUACCCGUACCUCAACAGAACUGCUAACAAGAUGGAACGGGUUGCUAGGGCCAACGAGGAUGGCCGGCAGCCACGUCUGGGUGGGGAGGAGGUCUUCACCCUCUCUUCGGGUCAUGAUGUCACCAUUGCCCCGUUGCUUAGCGCCCUGGGACUAGAGGAGGCCAAAUUUCCUCGCUUUGCAGCAAGAAUAGUCUUUGAAAUGUGGAAAAGCCCGCCUACAGCACAAGGCCAGGCAAAAAACAGAGCAGGAAAGAGCGAGAGGUCAAAGUCAAAUCGGAAAGAUGGGGAAGUGUUCAUCAGAGUGCUGUACAAUGGUGAGGAUGUGACAUUUCAUACCGCUUUCUGUCAUCCCAGCAAACGCCACAUCAACCAGCCACUCUGCCCUCUAAGAAACUUCCUAACCUUUGUCAGGAAGGAUAUAUUCAGCAUCGUCAACGCCACUUCCUACAAGGAUGCAUGCUACAAGCUCUCAGGGUGACAGAUUGAGAGCAAGGUCGCAGGGUAAGGACGCCCAGCCGUCAGGUGGUUGUGAUUCCCCAGAUUCUUAAGUUUAAGAGAAGGCGCUCUUUUAUGCCACUCAUAUCUGGCAUGCUCCUUCACAUUCCCAACAUUUCCACUC